AUGUCAGAAGACUACAGGCGCAACAAUCCAAACCCGAGUUUGGUGGAACAGGUGGUUUUGAUUGACAUUAGGAAUAUGUUGCAAUCUAUGGGGAAGGACAUAAGGUCGUUCCCUCUCCCAAGAAUUGAUGACGCAUAUGACGAUGCUAGCGGUAUCCCUCGUGAGAUAUUUGAGGAGGCAAGCAUUGAUCAGGAUCCGGAAGAUGUGGGACUAUCUGAUUCCCUAAACGAGGAGCAGAGGGCUGCCUACGAAGAGAUAAUGUCCAAAGUGGACACCGAACAAGGCGAUUUGUUCUUUGUAGAUGGACCUGGCGGCACAGGAAAGACAUUUUUGUACAGGGCACUUCUCGGAACCCUUCGCAAUCAGAACAAGCUUGCCAUUGCUACAACUACAUUUGGUGUCGCAGCAUCUAUAAUGCCUGGUGGGAGGACGGCCCACUCACGUUUCAAGAUACCCCUUACAUUUGAGGAUGGUUGUUUUAGUUUUACCAAAGAGAGUGGUACUGCAAAGCUAUUGCAGCAAGCAUCUCUCAUCAUUUGGGACAAGGCAUCUAUGGCAAAGAGGCAAGCUAUGGAAGCCCUAGACAAUAGCCUACGUGAUAUAAUGGGCCGGCAGGAUCUGUCGUUCGGUGGGAAGACUGUUGUCUUUGGAGGGGAUUUUAGACAGGUUCUCCCUAUUGUACGGAAAGGAUCCAGGGCUCAGAUAGUCGAUGCUACUCUACGGAGGUCGUAUCUUUGGGAAUCCAUGCACCACCUUAAGCUCGUGCGCAACAUGAGGGCGCAGAGUGACCCGUGGUUUGCGGAAUAUCUACUGCGCAUUGGUGGUGGCACGGAGGAGGUUAACGGAGAUGGUGAUGUAUGUCUUCCUGACGAUAUAUGUGUCCCGUACUCUGGGGAUUCUUAG